AUGGCCUCUAUGUCACAUAUAUCGCCGGUGCUUAUUGCCAAUCGAGGGGAGAUUGCAGUCCGGCUCAUUAAGUCUGCCAAAGCUCUCGGAAUCAAGACUAUAGCAAUAUAUACGCCAGUGGACCAACAAUCUCUUCAUGUUCGUCUUGCAGAUAAAGCGGUGCCGCUGACUGGAGGAAACGCCGGUGGCUACCUGCAAACCGCGGAAAUUUUGGAAAUUUGCCAGGCAGAAAAUGUUGCCAGCGUAAUACCUGGCUAUGGCUUCUUGUCGGAGAACACCGACUUUGCCGAAGACGUAGUAAAGGCCGGCAUGACAUGGAUUGGGCCCAGCUCCGACACGAUCAAGUCAUUCGGAAUCAAGCACACGUCUCGGAUUCUCGCGGAAGAGGCUGGCGUUCCUAUUGUUCCAGGAACCAAGGACUUAUUGAAGAGUGCUCAAGAGGCGAGACAGGCGGCAGAGGCGAUCGGAUUCCCGGUCAUUCUCAAAGCUACAGCCGGAGGUGGUGGUAUGGGCCUCCAAGUUUGCAAUAACUCGGACGAGGUGCAGCAUUACUUCGAGACCAUUGUUUCAAGAGGCCAGACGCUGUUCAAGAAUGCUGGUGUCUUCAUGGAAAAGUACAUUGCUCAGGGUCGUCACAUCGAGGUCCAGAUCUUCGGUAACGGGCUGGGCGAUGCCAUAUCCUUCUUUGAAAGAGAGUGUUCCAUCCAGCGUCGUCAUCAGAAAGUCAUCGAGGAAUGCCCCAGUCUAUUCGUGGGGAAGACUCCAGGGCUCCGCCAAAAGCUGAGUGAUGCGGCCAUUCGGCUUGCCGAGUUGGUCAAGUAUAAGUCCGCCGGUACGGUAGAGUUCCUAGUGGACGAUGAUACCGGCAGCUUCUUUUUCCUUGAAAUGAAUACCCGUCUGCAAGUGGAGCAUGGAAUCACGGAACUGUGCUACAACGUGGACCUUGUCGCCAUGAUGUAUGAACAGGCGGCCGCGGAAGCCUCGCCACUUGGUGGCAUUAAGCAUCUGAAGCAACGCCAGCCAACUGGGCCACAGGGUGCAGCUGUUGAAUUGCGGCUUUACGCGGAGAACCCAGUUCGCAACUAUGCGCCUUCGCCCGGUCUCUUGCAAGAUCUAGAGUGGGCUAAGGGGGACAUCCGUAUCGACACAUGGGUGACGAAAGGUACCAACAUAUCGGCAUAUUAUGAUCCCCUGCUUGCCAAGCUCAUGGCACAUUCGCCAACUCGGGAGGAAAGCAGCGAGAAGCUGAUCCGCUUCAUCGACGAUUCCGUUAUUGCUGGACCACCAACAAACGCCGACUUUCUGCGACAGAUCCUGGCAUCACCGCCAUUCAAGGCUGGACAGACAACCACAAACUUCCUCUCGACCAAGUUUAACUACAAGCCUUGCGCAAUUGAUGUCAUCUCGGGGGGGCCUCUUACACACAUUCAGGACCUCCCAGCCUGGUUUGGUGUACGAAAUGGCGUACCUGAGUCCGGUCCUAUGGAUCCACUGGCAUUCCAGAUCGCGAACAUCUUGGUUGGCAAUGAGCUAACCACGGAGGCUCUGGAAAUGACCGGUGCUGGCCCGGAACUCCGCUUCUUGGCAGACGCCCUGGUUGCCGUCAGCGGGCCCGAUAUUGCCAUCGAAUUAGAUGGUGAACCCAAGAAAUCUUGGGAGAGCUUCGCUGUGAAGGCUGGUCAGCGGCUAUCACUUGGGAAAAUCAGGGGUAACGGUUGUCGGGCAUACCUGGCCAUCUCGGGGGGCUUUCCGUCUGUCCCCAAGUUCAUCGGCUCCAAGUCCAAUGCAAUUGCUUGCAAUUUUGGCGGAUAUCAAGGGCGAAGGCUGGCUGCAGGUGAUUUGAUUUUCAUAAAGGAGCAAGAUGUCAGUCGGCUGUCUCAGUUUACAAGGGCCUUCCCGUCUGAUCUACUUCCCAAAUACGAGUCGGACUGGGAGAUUUAUUGCGUCCCUGGUCCACACGAUGUAGGUUUCCUGACCAACAGUGGAAUUGAGACUCUCUACAACACAAAAUGGAAAGUGUCUCACAACGCCAGUCGAAGCGGUAUUGCGAUUGUUGGCCCAACGCCAGAGUUCAGCCGCCAAGAUGGUGGAGAGGGAGGAGGCCAUCCGAGCAACGUUCUCGAAUAUGGCUAUCCCCUUGGAGCCGUGAAUUGGGCUGGCGACGCCGCAAACAUUCUGCCAUUAGAAGGCCCAGAUAUGGGUGGUUUCAUAUCCACAAAUACCGUUGUUCGCGCAGACUUCUGGCGACUCGGCCAAGUAUCACCUGGUAACACCGUCACGUUCAAACCUAUCUCUUUUGAUAGCGCCAUAGAGCUGCGUAAACGUACGAUAGAUUUUAUAUCGGCGAUUUCUGAAGCCUUUAAGCGACCUGGAGGCAUCAAGGAUUUGAGACCCCUUGAUUGGGUUGUCCCGAGCGACCAUGUAUCUGCUGUCAUCAAGGAGAUUCACGAGACAGAUUCACGACCACCAACGACGUACCGACAGGCUGGUGAUACAUACAUUCUUGUGGAAUAUGGGCAGCAAAAGUCAUCGCUCAACCUUCGGGGUCGUGUAGAGCUUUUGGCCAAUGAGAUAGAAUCCUGGAAAGACGAUCGCAUCUCUGGAUGUGUCGCCACUCACAUCAACCUCCUCGUUCAGUUUGACGGCACUCGACUACAUCAAUCUGAGUUGAUGGAGAAACUCAUAAAGGCCGAGCAGAGAAUCCCAGAUGCAUCUCAGGCAAAGCUCCCUAGUCGAAUAAUUCGACUACCAUUGGUCUGGGAUGAUUCUGUGACCAAGAAGUACAUUCAGGACUACGCUGAAGCUGUUCGCUCUUCUGCUGUGUAUUUGCCAUCAAACAUUGAUUUUGUUGCUAGAAAUAACGGAAUCACUGCUCAGGAUGUCCUUGAUACUUUCAUCAAGGCUAGAUGGAUCUGCGUCUCUGUUUGCUUUUACACUGCUGUCCCUUGUAUCAUCAACUUGGAUCCACGAAAGCAGCUUAGAUGUCCCAAGUGGAACCCUCCUCGAACAGCUACGCCAGAAGGAUGUGUUGGUGUUGGAGGUAUCUCAGCAUGCCUGUACAACUCGCUAUCGCCUGGCGGCUUCCAGAUGAUGGGCCGUUCUAUUCCAGGCUGGGACUUUUUCAGCCUUAAUAAGCAGUAUCUAAGAAACAAGCCUGCUUUUUUCCGAACAUUUGACCAGUUUGAGUUCUAUCAAGUCUCGGAAGAGGAAUAUAACAAAUUUCUCGAUGACUUCCACGCAGGUCAAUUCACAUACGACAUUCAACCUGCUGAGUUUGAUUUGAAAGAAUACAACGAGUUUUUGGAUAGCAUUCAAGAUGAUUUGGUACAAGUUCGGAAGAGACAAGACGAAGCGGCUGCGGUAUUGGCAAAGGAAGAAGCUUCUCUCCUUGCAGAAUGGAAAGCUAGUAAAGCAGCAAUGGUUACAUUUGUCACUGACGAUAUUGAAAAACUCAAAGCUGAUCCAAAACUCUCGUAUAUUGCGUCGCCAAUGAACGCCAACGUCUGGAAGCUGCAGGUUAAGGAGGGUGAUAUCAUCCAGAAAAACCAUUUGAUUACCAUCCUUGAAGCGAUGAAGAUGGAGAUCAGUGUCUUCAGCGAAGAUGAGUUCAUCGGUACCAGAGUAACCAAAGUCGUUCAGAAACCAGGGUCCAUUGUUUCACCAGGCGAUCCAAUUUGCUUCGUUGAAGAAGUUCAGUAA